CAGUUUUGCCAAGUGUUUUGUCGGUGGUGAAGUAAAACAGCGAGGUGCCUGGCAGCAUUGUCAGAUUAGUCCCGGCUGCAGAGGUUGUCGCGUUACUUUCGUGGUGUCCUGUUUUGUAGUGUUCUGAGUGUCGUCUCUGAAACUUGUCAUCCACGAGGCGAGAGAAGUGUCAGAAGGUCUCUUACUUGCCACCUUCUCCAAUCUCCUUAUCUCGCUGCUGUGAGCACAAACACGCACGAGUGAGCAAGGAAUUGCAGCAUUCUCCCGGCAUCGGUGCACAGUCCAGUUGGCCCGUGCUCGCAACAGCAGCCACGAUGAGGGUGAUCUGCGAUCCCUCUCCCCUGUUCCGCCCAGAGGAGGUCCACGCUGAGCAACGGGCCAAGCAGAAAGACGACUUUCGCAACUACGAGGACAAUGUGCAGACUCACAACGUGCGCAGAACGUACACGGAGAUGCACACCAAACAGACCAUGGAAUUUGGCAAGGAGAUGCGUGCGAAGUGGUGCAGUUUCAACCAUGCCAAGAUGAGCAUCAUGAGUAUUAUCAGUGAGCUGGACAACCUGGUUGACGAAAGUGAUCCCGAUAUCGACUUGCCGAACUCCGUUCAUGCCUUCCAGACGGCGGAGAGGAUCCGCGAGGCACACCCGGACAAGCCCUGGUUUCAUCUGGUUGGCUUGAUCCACGACAUCGGCAAGGUGAUGGCCCUGUGGGGAGAGCCGCAGUGGUGCGUAGUCGGUGACACGUUUCCCGUCGGCUGCCGCUUCUCGCAGCGCUGCGUCUUCCCGGAGACGUUUGCCGAGAACCCGGACAGCACGCAUGAAGUGUAUAGCACAAAGCUGGGCGUGUACGAGCAGAACUGUGGCCUGGACAAGGUGACGAUGUCCUGGGGCCAUGACGAGUAUCUGUACCAGUGCCUGAAGCACAGCGGUACGACAAUCCCGGACGAGGGUCUGUACAUGAUUCGCUUCCACAGCUUCUACCCGUGGCACUCGGGCGAUGACUACGACUACUUGUGCAACAAUCAUGACCGCGAUAUGCUGCCGUGGGUGCGUGAGUUUAACAAAUUCGAUCUCUAUUCUAAGUCUGACAGUCUCCCGGACAAGACAGCGCUAACUUCAUACUACCAGUCGUUGGUUGAGAAGUAUAUUGGUUCCGACGACCUGUGCUGGUGAGAUCUACGUCCUUAACAAUUGUUUUCAAACCCUACCCGAUCUAUCAGGUGUCGGCACCGACUCCAUCGACCGUUCCAUACCCAAACCUGAGAGCUUUCACUCAAGCAAAACAAGACACAGUACGCUUAUUAUUCUCGUUCUCUAUCUGUGUGUGUGUGUGUGUGUGUGUGUGUGUGUGUGUGUGUGUGUGUGUGUGUGGUGCACGCGCCUGCUUGUGUGUAUAUGUGGCGACUGGCCUAUUAUCAUAUCAAAAUCAAAUUUCAUGUCCCGUAUUUUGGAUUUCUCAUGCCAACAGGUAGGCCAAGGAUUAUUUUGAAUUUCUUAUUUAAUCUGUCUCGUUGUAUCACCAGCUGAGUGCCAGUCUUGACAUAUCGGUCGCAUCUGCCAUUUGUUUGAUGCGUUUAUCACACACCUGAUCUACCAGUGCUUAUCCCAAUCUGUCUUUUGCUACUCCGGUCGGGUUCGCUGACGGCGUGUGUUUCACAGAUCUGAUAGUGCUCCGCGCGCUAUGUUUAUUGUUGGCUGGUGUUUGUGUGUUGUUGGCACACUUGCUCGCUCUGUUCGAUCUUCACAGUGCAGCUGCGUAUUUUUAAGCACAGAUCACAGGGCGCCGCUCCUGGUGACAUGGUGUUGGUGUGCUCAUAGUCACCGUAGGCUGAGCAAAACUGUUGUACAUGUAGCUGCUUUUCUGUGAGUGCAUCAAUUUGGCGUUGAUGCACGGUUCCAGCUAUCCCACUCA